AUGGCGCAAAGUUACCCCACUACACUAGGAAAAGAUUUAACAAUAGGCAGAAAAGUCAGUGUUGUUGGCAAAGUCGAAGGCACACAUGAAAAUGGUAUUUACAUAGCUGACGACCAAACUCACAUUAAAAUUCACAAUAUCCCAAUCACCCUAAACGGUAUCGUUGAAGUUAGAGGGAUUGUCAAUGCAGAAGCUGAAAUUUACUGUGAAAGUUACAACCAAUUUGAAGAUUUCAGCUACAACUUUGAAGCCCACAGCAGGGUCAUAGAACUGUAUAAAGAUUUCCCGGCACUUCGGUAA